AUGCUGCUGCUGUUGCUGCUGCUGCCCUUCGCCCAGAGGAAGUUGGUGCCAGUCCCGCUGGAGCAGGAGAGAGCCGAGCCGUCGGCACCGUUUGACAGUGCUGAGCGCUCAAGCCCGUCCGCUGCCCAGGCGCCGGGGCAGGCGGGCUCCGGCUGCAGCAGGCUGCUCUUUGGGCAGCCCCUGGCAGCUGUCUGCGGGGAGGAUGGCACGCUGCCCCGGCCCAUCCAGGAGCUGCUGGCUGUCCUGCAGCGGGAAGGGCCGUCAACGGAGGGCAUCUUCCGCAGAGCUGCCGGCGCGACAGCGCUUCGGGAGCUGCGGGAGGCCCUGGAGCGUGGUGCAGAGGUGGAGCUGGGAAGCCAGCCUGCGCUGCUGCUGGCCGUCGUCUUGAAGGACUUUCUCCGAAGCAUCCCCGGCAAGCUCCUGGUGAGCGAGCUCUACGAGGACUGGAUGGCAGCGCUGCAGAAGAGCAGCAAGGAGGAGAAGAUCUCCGAGCUGCAAGCGGUGGCCGAGAAGUUGCCCGCAGCCAACCUCCUCCUCCUGAAGCGCCUGCUGCGCCUCCUCCAGCACAUCGGCCACAACGCAGCCACCAGCAGGAUGAGCUGCAGCAACCUGGCCAUCUGCAUUGGGCCCAACCUGCUGAGCCCACCCGAGGAGGACCUGCUCCCGCUGGAGGCCCUGCUGGAGGUGACCGAGAAGGUGAAGGUGCUGGUGGAGUUCCUGAUGGAGAACUGCAGGGAGCUCUUUGGGGAGGAGAGCGCCGAGCCUCGGUGUGCAGCAGGCGAGGAGUGGCCAGCCCCCGUGCCGAGAUGCAGAGACGUGCGUUUGGAAGAGCAAGGCGUCCCUGCAGGCACAGCAGCCGCCGAGCAGGAGGCAGAAGGCUUGCCACACGCAGGCCCAUCUCCGCUGGGUGUCCUCAGCGAAGCGGGGGGAGAGCGGGUGGUGGCGUGUGAAACGGGAGAGGUGGUCUCCUGCCAGCUGCCAACUCCACCGUUUCUUUUGGAGGCCCCUCCAGCUUUGCCUCCAAGCAGCCCCGAGAGCGCGGCAGACUCCCUGGGGUGCCCACAAGAGCCGGCGAGCCUGUCAGAGGAAAGAAGGUUUGCAGGCUGUGCCCAGGACAAGGCAAAGAGAAGAAAGCGGAAGAGCAAACAGGCGUGGGGAGAGGAGAGUGCAAGGCGCGCGGCAAAGAAGAGGAGGAAGAGAGAAGCGGUUUUGGCGGAUGGAGCAGUGCAAAGACGCAGGAAGGCGCAGCAGGCGCUGAUUCCUUGUCGCCGGGCGAAGCGUUGGGAGUGCUGGGCCCCGCCGCUGACGUCCAGAAUAAAAUGAUGUUUUCUGU